GUACAAGAAUCAAAGUAAACCAAAACAGAAGGGAGAAUAAUAAAAAGUUGUAACAGCUUCCUUGCCACAUUUUGCAAAAUUUUCAUUCAACUCACACUUACAAAUACUCCAAUGAUGAUUCAAUUCUUGUCAUCCCUCUCUAGCUUCAACACCUUAAGCAAUUUUCUUAAUUAAUUGUGAUCCUCUAAUUUCCAUGGCCACCUUCAUUUUAAGGUCUAAUAAACUAGUCCAUGCAUUGGGCUGGUUUUGUGUCAUGCUAAUGAUUCAUAAGAGUGCUGCCUAUGAUUUCAUAGUUGGUGGCCAAAAGGGUUGGAGUGUUCCAGGUGAUUCCAAUUCCAAUCCUUUCAAUCAAUGGGCAGAAAAGAGCCGUUUUCAAAUAGGAGACUCCCUAGUGUUCAACUACCAAUCUGGCAAAGACUCGGUGCUUUAUGUGAAGAGUGAAGACUAUGCAAGUUGCAACACUGGUUCACCUAAUGCAAAAUUCUCUGAUGGUCACACAGUCUUCAAACUGAACCAAUCAGGACCUCAUUUCUUCAUCAGUGGAAACAAAGACAACUGUCUCAAAAAUGAGAAGGUAACAAUUAUUGUUCUAUCCGACAGGAGCAACAGCAACAAUUCAUCAAACACCAACCAAACAAGCAAUGCUUCUCCACCUUCACCACAAUCAUCAUCAUCACCUCCUUCACCAGCACCUUCUAAACAAGAGGGUCAAUCUCCACCUCCAGACACAAACCAAACACCACCUCCUACUACUGCUAGUGAUCGCGAUCAUCCUCCUCAUAAUGGUGCUGCUUCGGUCUUUGUCAGCCUAGCUGGGUCUAUUGGAACAUUCAUGGUUUCAGUUCUAAUUUUAUCUAAAUAUGUAUGAGUGGUUAAGUAUUGUUUUUCUUUUUUACAAUUUUUUUUUCUGUUCUUUGUUUCCUAUAUUUUGAGUUCAGUGUGAACUAUGUCUUUGGUUCAAAAUUGGAAUGCUGUUUGAUAUUUGUUUGUGAAGAUUGAAAAAUAAGUUGACGAUAAUUUAUAUACCCUUUGUGUGCUUCUUGCUCAAUAAUCUAAAAAUGUUGUACAUGUUAAAAUGAAAUGAAUUAAACCCAUUUUUAUGGAAAAUGUCUUGCUUCU